UUUCCUGAACUGUGCUGUACUUAAAUUCCAGGCUAAUCCGUGAGCCAUCAGUGUGGGUGAGCAGUGCCAUCGCAUGACAGCUGGUAGCUUGUUUCAACUAGUGAACUUCCUGACCAAGAUCACUCUUGUCACCAUGACUUCAUUCGCAGCCCUGAAGAACCUCUUUGCCACCUAUAUUCUCAUCACCUUGAUUUUCAGCACUGUGGAGACUUAUAAGUGUGUAGAGUGCCCUGCAAAUCAAUGUAGCGAUGAUGUGUUGACAACUUGUGAAUCUUCCCAUGGCUGUUACAGCAAAAAUCAAGAAUUUACAGGGCAUCCCAAAAUUGUUUUACAGCAGAAAGGCUGUUCUUCGAGUAGGUGUGUUCCACUGGCCUUUUCAGCCUCUUUUGGGAGUGAUAAAACCUUUAGGUAUGAACACAAAUGCUGCCAGACUGAAGAGUGUAAUAAAAAGCCUAUAGUUGAGCAGGGGAAUUCCUUACACAAUGGCAUCACAUGUCCUGCCUGCUACAGUGAGGACAGCAUUUUCUGUAACCCAUCACUCCUCAAAUGCACUGGUGCAGAGACGAAGUGUAUCGAGAUUUUUGGUUCAAACCUGCAAAAAUAUGUGAUAUAUGGCAUGGGUUGUGCUACUGAAACUGCCUGCAACAUGAAGAAUUCUACUGUAUUGAAUAACAUAAAAAUUCGCACCUUCUGUGCAGACCAAAGGAGUGGGAGCCCCACACUGACAUCUAUCACCUCUUUAAAUUUGAUUUGUCUUUACAUGCUGAAUGCCUUGCUUUGAUUUUUCAGGCCCUGCCUAGCUCUUAUCCUAAAAAUUAGAGAAAGUUGAAAUCUCUUCCCCAGGACCCCCUAAGACAUCACAGAA